CUCGCGAUAUUAGAAGCGUCAGCAUGGCGGUGCUGCUUGAAACGACGCUGGGCGAUAUUGUAAUUGAUUUGUUCACAGACGAAAGGCCGAAAACCUGCUUAAACUUUCUGAAAUUAUGCAAGAUAAAAUUCUACAACUACUGCCUCAUCCACAAUGUUCAGAGAGACUUCAUCGUACAGACUGGAGAUCCCACUGGGACAGGCCGUGGAGGAGAGUCUGUGUACAGUAAACUGUACGGGGACCAGGCCAGGUUUUUUGAUGCAGAGAAAGCGCCGCGUAUCAAACAUAAAAAAAAGGGAACAGUGUCAAUGGUAAACAAUGGGAGUGACCAACAUGGUUCUCAGUUCCUUAUUACCACUGGUGAGAACCUGGACUAUCUGGAUGGAGUCCAUACUGUGUUUGGGGAGGUAACUGAAGGCAUGGAUGUCUUGGCCAAGAUAAAUGAGACCUUUGUUGACAAGGACUUUGUUCCAUUUCAGGAUAUCAGGAUAAACCACACAGUGAUCCUGGAGGACCCAUUUGAUGACCCUCCUGACCUGCCGGUGCCAGAUCGAUCCCCUGAGCCUACCAAAGAGCAGCUAGAUAGCGGCCGAAUAGGAGCAGAUGAAGUGAUCGACGAUGAAGAUGGAAAAGGAGCAGAGGAGUUGGAGGAGAGGCUGAGGGAGAAAGAAGCCAAGACUCAGGCUAUCCUUCUGGAGAUGGUGGGCGACCUGCCGGACGCAGACAUCAAACCUCCAGAGAACGUUCUGUUUGUGUGCAAACUGAACCCAGUGACCACAGACGAGGACCUGGAAAUCAUCUUCUCCCGCUUCGGGACCAUCAAAAGCUGCGAGAUCAUCAGAGAUUGGAAAACUGGAGACUCCCUCUGUUAUGCUUUCAUUGAAUUUGAGAAGCAGGAGGAUUGUGAAAAGGCCUUCUUUAAAAUGGACAACGUGCUCAUUGAUGAUCGACGUAUUCACGUGGACUUCAGUCAGUCUGUAUCAAAGAUCAGAUGGAAAGGGAAAGGUGGAAAGUACACUAAAGAUGACUUCAAGGCCUAUGAGAAGGACCUGGAAAACCGAUCCAAACUGGCUCUGAAGGAUCAAGUGAAGCCUAAACAGGAUUCCAAGUAUGACCUGCUGUUAGAGGAAGAUGAAGCGACCGCGAGUCAUCGGCACUCUGAGAAGAAACACAAAGAAAAGAGGCACCAUCAUCAUUCAGAUGAUGAGGAUACCAGGAGGUCCAAAAAGCACAAGGACAGCGAAGACGCCCGGCGGGACAGGAAGACCGGCCGUCAGCGCUCACGAUCCCGUUCGCGUUCCAGAGACCGGGAUCACAAACACAGCAAGUCCAGGGGAAAGCACGGGAAAGAGGGACGCGAUAAAGGCCACGGACACAAGGACAGAAGCCGCAGCCGCUCGCCCAGGAAGUCCAAGGAUAAGGACAGGAGUCGGUACAGAUGAGGACGACGCCAGGUGGAUCCUACUGCAGCCGAAGAGUAACAGGAAAAAUGAAACGAAAGCAGGUUUUCAGGUCGUCUUCAAACAAAAAGGCUUUUAACUGUUUUCUAUGUCCAUUAAAAACUCCAGAUGAGGGGA